AUAAAUAUUAUAAAAGUUAUAGGAAAAAUAAAAAUAAAAACUAACCCAAGAACUCACUCUCCCCACAACCUCCCCGUCACCGCUCAGCCCACACACACAACUCAACCUACACAGCAACACUCGCUGCCGGCCGCUCCCACCAAAACCCCUUGACACCCACCCGAACCCAAUCCCUUUCUCCUUCUCCUCCUCCUGCUGCUACGUCAAAGCCCCUUGUAGAGGACAGGGAACCAAGAACAGCACCAGAACUUUGAACGUGGCUAAUUUUCGAAGGAACUCAACCCUCAUUAAACCUCUCUGUGUAUUAGAGACCACGAGAGAAAGAAGAUGACCAAUCCAGUUCAGGAUUUUCAUGAAGAAGAAGAAGAUGACCAGGGCGAGGUUUAUCUUGAUGAAGCUGACAUUAUUGGCGAAGUCGAUGUCGAUGAUGAAGAUCUUCCUGAUGCAGAUGAUGAAAUUAUUGAUGAGCCUGAUGACUCCAUGCACAUAUUCACUGGUCAUACUGGUGAGCUUUACACGGUUGUCUGCAGCCCAACAGAUCCUACAUUAGUUGCAACUGGGGGUGGAGAUGACAGAGGGUUUCUUUGGAAAAUUGGACAAGGAGAUUGGGCGUUUGAGCUCCAAGGUCAUAAGGAUUCUGUUUCUAGUUUAGCAUUUAGUACUGAUGGACAAUUGCUUGCAUCCGGAAGCUUGGAUGGAAUUAUUCAAAUUUGGGAUAUCACAUCAGGAAAUCUGAAAUGCACCCUUGAAGGUCCUGGGGGGGGCAUUGAGUCGGUCAGGUGGCAUCCUAGGGGGCAUCUGGUCCUGGCUGGUACAGAGGACUCUAUGGCUUGGAUGUGGAAUGCUGACAAAGGUUCCUAUCUUAAUUCAUUUUCAGGCCAUGGUAGUAGCGUGAGUUGUGGUGAUUUUACCCCCCAUGGUAAAACAAUAUGCACUGGUUCUGCUGAUGCAACUUUGAGAAUAUGGAAUCCAAAAAGUGGCGAAAACAUUCAUGUGGUGCAAGGUCACCCGUACCAUACUGCAGGAUUGACAUGCUUGGCAAUAAGCUCUGAUUCAACUCUAGCUGUUACUGGUGGUGAAGAUGGUUCUAUCCAUGUUGUCAACAUAGUAACUGGAAAGGUUGUUAGUUCCCUGCCUUCACAUUCAGAUUCUGUCGAAUGUAUCGAGCUUGCACCAAGCAAAUGCAAAUCCAAUUUCAACUAUGAAUUUUCCAGUUUCAAGGGUAAAAGGCCUUCAAUGGAGGAUUAUUCAAGUUGUUCAUUCGGGAAUGUGUAGGACUUAAAUAAUUAGUAAUUAUAGGGUAUUUUAGGAAUAAUGGUGGGUGUAAAGAAAAGAUUGUGUUUUUUCAAAUGUACAUAGUGGGUGGGAAGAUAAGGUGGAUGAGAAAAUAAGAUUGGGGGUGGAAAUAGUAGCACUCUUUUAGAAACAUGCAAAAUUCAAUAAAUUAUUAAUAUUGCAAA